AUGCGAGCCACGAUCAGGUCGCGUCUCUGCCGUCGUCACUUUGCACCCCAACUUACUAUCCCGAAAUACCAUUGUUUCGCAGCCCACCAUGCCCGGCAUUCGCAAGUCCACCCGCAUCCAUCCCAAAGUCGAACUCGGCGUAGUCGAAGACGCGACAGACCGACCUUGCUGCUUAGGCAUGAUACCUCUGCUCUCUGCAAUGAUGUCCGUCCACACACUCUCCACGCCUUGGACAACUUGAAGGCUCGCCUCAAGGAAGCCUUCUCCAAGAAGCACCAGAAGUCCGACUCGACUGCCACACCCGCCAAGACGGAGGCCGCCCCGCCUGUGGAGGUCACCAAGACCAACGCCGCCGACCCCACAAAGACCGACGUCGCCCCGGCCGCUGCUCCCGCUACUGAACCCGCUGCUCCUGCUCCGGCUGCUGCUGCCGCCGCCGAGCCUGCUGCUCCCGCCGCCGCGGCGGCCGUGCCUGAGCCGGCCAAGGCUGCUGAGGUGCCUGAGCCCAAGACUCUUGUCAGCGAGGCGCCCACUACGACUGCCGAGCCAGCCCCGGCUUCUGCCGCUUCGCCUGCCGUUCAGGUCGUGGUCAACCCCGCCACCCCCGACGAGCCCGCCAAGACCGACGCCGCCCCCGCCGUCGAUGCUGCCGCCCCCGCUGCCGCGCCUGUCGCGCAGCCAACUGAAGUUCCUGCUGCCGCACCCGUUGCUACGCCUGUUGCUGCACCCGCUGCUGCCCCUGCUGCCGCGACUGAGGUGAAGAAGGACGCUCCUACCGCCUAG